UUCACGUAAAUGUCGUUAAUCCCGGUUCCUCGAUGGCACUUGAUGAACCGGUUGGACACAAACUAUAUUCAUAAAGACUUGACUGAGAACGAAAAAAAAAUCUUUUUAAUUAUAAUAUUUGAUUUUCUCAGUGAGUGAACUGAAAGAAACAGCAUACGAGGCUUUUGAUUUGACCUAGUUUUCCUUUCCUCCAGCAGUUAGGUGGCUCACUAAUCCGAAGAGAUACUUGUUAGCUAAUCUAAUCUGAGUUAGUUAAUCCUUUCCCUCUUCACUCCAGCAGCAGGCAGGGUAACGGAAUUGAGGAGGAGUGACCACCGUUCUCCGUUUGACUGAGAAGACUCACCCAGUUUGGGGACUCUGUACGUAGAUAGAGUUACACUUUGCCUGAACUAUGGAGGAGAAACUUGGAAGUAGUCAAACGGAAAGGUGACGCGGCUGUGGAGUCUAGCAAAACCAACUUGGACAGCAAAGGUUGAGCACAGUGCAGCUCAUCGGGGCAUGAGAGCCUCCAACUUUGCGCCUUGCAAAGAAACGAAACGAUGGCUGCAUACGGAAGGAGGAAACGGCCCAAGUUACUUAUUUUAAUAGUUGGUGCCAUUUUGCUGGGAUAUGUUACAUUUUUCAAACGCAAGUCGGGGGAAGUGAGCUUGACGAACCGACGGGAAGUCACAGGAGAGGAAGAGUAUGAGCUCCUUAAGAAGCCAGUCUACGAGAAGCCCCCCUUGGAUUUAAACGCUCUGGGAGAACUGGGCAGAGCCGUGAAACUGAAUCUGAACGAAGAGGAGAAAAGAAAAGAAGAGGAAAGUAUCAAAGCGCACCAGAUUAACACUUAUGUCAGUGAUAAAAUAUCACUGCACCGCAGGCUGCCAGAGAGAUGGAACCCACUCUGCAAAGAGCUGAAGUAUGACUACAGGUCCUUGCCCACGACCUCUGUGGUGAUUGCUUUCUACAACGAGGCCUGGUCCACCCUGCUGAGGACUGUUCACAGUGUGCUGGAGACGUCUCCUGACAUCCUGCUGAAAGAGGUGGUGCUGGUGGAUGACUACAGUGACAAAGCUCAUCUCAAGGAGCCACUGGACAAGUACGUCUCAGGUUUGAAUAAGGUGCGUCUGAUCCGGGCCACAAAGAGGGAGGGGCUGGUGCGGGCCCGGUUGCUCGGGGCAUCCAUCACCACAGGCGAGGUUCUGACCUUCCUGGAUUGUCAUUGCGAGUGUCACGACGGCUGGUUAGAGCCUGUGCUCCACAGGAUCAAAGAGGAGCCGGAGGCCGUGGUGUGCCCCGUCAUCGACGUGAUAGACUGGAACACCUUCCAGUAUUUAGGCCAUGCUGGGGAACCUCAAAUCGGAGGGUUUGAUUGGCGGUUGGUCUUUACCUGGCACACCAUCCCAGACUACGAACAGAAACGCCGACGUUCACCCGUAGAUGUCAUCAGGUCUCCUACUAUGGCAGGUGGUCUGUUUGCUGUGAGGAAGGACUUCUUCCAUUAUUUGGGAACAUAUGACACAGGAAUGGAGGUGUGGGGAGGAGAGAACCUGGAAUUCUCUUUCAGGAUUUGGCAGUGUGGGGGCAGCCUGGAGGUCCACCCGUGCUCCCACGUGGGUCACGUCUUCCCAAAAAAGGCACCUUACUCACGGAGCAAAGCGUUGGCAAACAGCGUGAGAGCAGCUGAGGUCUGGCUGGAUGAAUACAAGGAGAUCUACUAUCAUCGUAAUCCCCACGCACGCCUGGAGGCCUUUGGAGAUGUAACGGAGCGGAGGAUGCUUCGAGAGAAGUUGGGCUGCAAGAGCUUCAAGUGGUACUUGGAUAACAUUUAUCCCGAUAUCCACGUCCCACAUGAUCGGCCAGGCAUGUUUGGAAUGCUUAAGAACCGGGGCAAGACCAACUACUGUUUUGACUACAACCCUACAGAUGAGAAUGCAGUGGUGGGCCAAAGGGUCAUCCUCUAUCUGUGUCAUGGAAUGGGCCAGAACCAAUUCUUUGAAUACUCUGUGAAUGGUGAGAUCUCUUACAACACAAGGGAACCUGCUGGAUGCAUCGCGGGUGACAGCAUCAGUACCUACUUGACUGUCCAGCUGUGCAGAAAACGAGGGCAGCCUGUACCUUCAGACCAGAAAUUUGUCUUCAAAAAGGAUGGGAGUUUGUACCACGUCCACAGCCAGAAGUGUGUUGAGGCAAUAGACAAUACAGACAACGGGACACCAGCACCCUCACUCCAACCCUGCUCUGAUAGCCUCCACCAGAAGUGGUUCUUUGAAGAGAAAAUGUAAUACUCCAACCCUAGGAUAUGUUUUUCUUAACCUUAACGGACGUCAAAUGAGGUUGUGCUUCCUUUCAAACUUAAACCUCCUAUAAAUUCUUGCUCACUGGGUGAAAUCUAUCUGUAUUUACUUUCUACAGUACUUACUGGAUACUGCAUAUACACUUGUUGGGAAAACCAAGCCUAUAGGACUAUGCAUUAUUUUUCUCAUUAAAGAGAUGUUUGGAAACUAGUGCUGCUUUGCACAUGGGAAUAUUUUUGCGGGGCUGUUUUUCAUUUACCUACUCCACGCCUGUUGCAGUCUUUUAGUUUGCAUGCAAAGCUUUACCCAGAAAGAGGGAAAGGCACAAAGAAAGCUGUGCAUCCAUAUAGAAAGAAAACAGCGGCUUCAUAAAUCUGUCAGCAAACUCUGACCAUCUUACGAGCUAGCAUCUGGAAUUGCAGUGAUGUUCAGAGGCAUGUCAUGAGGCGUUAUUUUAUAUUCUUGUCUUAUCCUCUAGAGGGGGCUAAAUCUCCUUUCUGUACAUUCCCUUCUUGUAUUGGGCUCUCUUUCUGAGUAGGAAGUGGAACAAUUUUUCAGGUAUUUAGUUGAGAGCCUUUUCAGGACAUUUAAAGUGCUUGUCACUCCUUGCUACGUACCAGGGACUUAAUAAAAAAAAAAGGCAUUGUGCAAGUACCUAGUACCUCUUCAACGUAAUCACCAACUACUGAUAACAGGAGAAUCUCCAUAUGUAUUCUGUUCUUGUGUGCUUUGUAGGAAUAUGAAUCUGAGGUAAAAAUGGCUUAGACCGUUUUGCUAGCUUUUAAAAUAAUUUUUUUCCCCAGCAUAAUUCUGUUUUGUGCUCUUUAAUGAAAUGCAGCUUGAAAAGACUAAAUUAUAGCCAUAAUUUAAGGAUUCACUUCAUGUGGUGUGUCAAGUAUGUUUUUAAAUGAUUUAUUUUAGAGAUGAGUUUAAUUAUUGUGUAAUUUUGAGGCAAUUCGUAUGCACAGACGUGGAAGCGUUCUCCCUUACGAAUCGCUCUGUGGGGUUGCCCUGAUCUCGUUCUGUGUCCAUCUGUUAGGCUCAGAAAACUAUAGAUCCCUCUGAAGCGCCGCUGUGGUCACUAGUGUGGCUGCCCUGCAGGCUCUGCAGGGAGUCCAAGGGGAACACAGUGGAGGAGCAGACGGUUGUCGGUGUCUUCAGGCUGCUGGGAUGCCAGAUGGUUUCCUGAUUGAUUCUCUGGUCCUCUUCAAAUUCUUUAUCACCCCUUCUUUCUAUGUGUGUCAAAGGUGUUCAGUGGAGGGCUUAUCUUUUGGACUCGCGCCAGCCAAAUCCUCCUCAGAUGAAUACUUGUAUACUUGUGUGCUUUGGGUUUGAUUUAUGAACAUAAGACAUAAAGAGCAGAGUUUGUGACAGCAGAAGCAGAUAAUGGAGGAGAUUGAAUGAAGCAAUUUGCGACCUUUUUCUCACCAUUAACCUUCUCAGGCUGUUUGCCCAUCAGUCUGAAAGGAGUUCUGUUAUAAACUGAUGUUAGGGGACUUUUGUGCUGAAAUGGAUUUUUGUUAUUGAUUGAGAAUAUAUGCUCAUAAAAUGAAAGAGUAGGAAAAGAAAAAGACAUUUUAUACAGUGUCAUUGCUGUGACUUGAGCAGUCAAGAUCCCUUCUGUUGCCAAAUUGAAUGAAUAUAAGGCCUCAGUCACACAGGCAUAAAGACCUGUUGGUGACCAUCUGGCAACAACCGGUCACAAGGGAAAAAUGUGUAUUCCUCGACAGGUUGCAGAUGGUUGCUGGAGGAUGCUAGCAGUGGCUGUGAAAUUGAUUGCUAAAACUCCAUGGAAACAGGCCCAAGAGACCGGUCAGUGAGUGAAAACCUUGAGUUUGCUUCGGUUGCAGGCAGUUUGUCGCUAGUUGGUUGGUAAAUGUAAUCUUGGCUAGAAAUACUCACACACUAUUUGUCAAGUGGUUGUGAAACUGUGACCAGUGUGACGCAAACAAGACAUGGAGAACGUUUACCUUUAAAGCACCUUUCAAAAAAUGUUAGUUGCAGUGGUAAGGCACAACUUUUUCUUUGAAGGCAAAUGUUCUUUUUCUCUGGUUUGCAUCACAUUCUUUCAAGUUUCACAGUGUGUUCGCAGACAAGUCGGUGUAUUUUAUGAAAACUGACCAAAACAAUUGCAAGAAUGUUUUUGGUGCACCACCCUUUUUGAAAAUAAUCUGACCUAGCGACAGUCAGCAACUCCUAGAAACCUUUUGCCAACUAGUUGGGGAGUACACAUUUUGUCUUAGCAACCAGAGGUUGCCAGUGGUUCACUGACCGGCCCCUUAGGCCUGUGUGAUUCAGGCCUAAGAUGCUACAAGAGUCUGCAGCUCUGAACGUGCAUUGACAGUUUCAUUGCACUGUGCAGCUCUUAACUUGAACCAUCGCACAUUUAUUGCAUAUCAAGUCAGAAAAAAACAGUAGAUUUAAAAAAAAUAAUGGGUUUAAGUUUACAGUAGUCCAUAAAAGUUUUUUUAAGAGUAUGCAUAGUACAUUAUUGUGUGGACAGUGCUAAGUGAUACGUGAAGUGUACCAAAUGAUCAGUAGGAAACUUCACAAAAGGAGGAAAUUUGACUCAGGACUGUAUAUGUUGUAAGGCUAAAACGGUGAUAGUGGGUCGACCUGCUCUCCAUAGAAGAGCACUCUAUGCCUUUUGUAAGUUUGAAGCAUCUUGCAUGGAAUUCAUAGUCCACGGCAAUCUUAGGCUCUUCUUUGCCUAGCUUUCCACGGCUUUAGUGUCGAUCAUGCAUGAUCGGUGAAAUAGCCCGUUUGAUGCAUUGCUAAUGCUUUAUGUGUUAAACACUUAAGAAGUGGCAGCUCUUCAAUUUUCCAUCAGUUUACAUCUUUGGCCUAAGUGGAGGGUAAAUAUUCUCUCGGUAUUAAAAAGGGUUAUUUAUUGUCCCCUGUAGCCAUCUGUUAUUCCAACCAUGCCCUAUGUAGUAAAACAUUUUUACUGUGAUGUUAUAUUUUUGUAUGCUAAUUUGUUACGGUGCAAGCUGCAGCAAUAACAUUGAUAUUUUGAGAGUUUAGAGUUAUAUCUCUGCGGCAGGACAUAUAGAGUUUUAUAUCAACCAAAUGCAUGUCAUUAAUACAGAUUUUCCGGGGAUCUGUUGUAGCACUUGAACCUGUAAAGUGGAUGAUUGCAUUGUGACCAUGCAGCGCUAUUGUAUGAUAUCAUGCAAAAAAUACCGUCUUUUGGCCUUCCGUUUACUAAUGUGGUAAAUAUGCACUAAUAAUAAUGCAAGAAUUCAAAGACCAUGUCUGCUGUAAUAAUGCCGUCAGUAACUCCAGUGGCCUUAUAUUGUAAUUAAAUAAUUGACGAAUGUAAUGAAUGAAUUGUUU